UAGAGUAAAAAACAUAUUGAUUGGGGGAGGACGUCUCGAGGAAGUCAGUCUGUCAGCUAUGUUGCAAGCUAACCGAUGUUAGCAGCGGAAAAUCUACUGCGAGUGAUUGGCAACUGAAUGCGAAAAUUCCCGCUAUGAGUGUUCGCAGACUAUCGACGAUUUGCGUCUCCACGGGAAUUUAUUUUAUAGUGUGUCUAGCCUGCUUUGUGGAUUCCCUUUGGGCGCUUGGACAAAAUCGAGACACCGAAUUUACCUUUCUGCUGCCCGCCGGAAGGAUCGAAUGUUUCUACCAAACGACCACUACAAACGGAACCAUGGAAGUGGAAUACCAGGUGAUUGCAGGGGCAGGGCUGGAUGUGGACUUCACCAUGUUUUCUCCCCACGGAGUCCAGCUCAGCUCAGACUUUCGCAGAUCUGACGGGAUCCACACGGUGGAGCCCACGGAGAAGGGGGACUACAAGAUCUGCUUUGAUAACAGCUUCAGCCGCGUGUCGGAGAAGAUGGUGUUCUUCGAGGUGAUCCUGGACGAGCAAGGAGGGGGGGAGGAGGAGUGGGCAGGCAUGGAGGAGCCAGAGAGCAUGCUGGAGUACAAGCUGGAUGACAUCAAGGAGUCGGUGGAGUCAGUGCACCGGCGCCUGGAGCGCAGUCGGCAGAUGCAGACGGUGCUGCGGGCGUUCGAGGCGCGCGACCGCAACCUGCUGGAGGACAACCUGUGGCGCGUGUCCUUCUGGUCCUGCGUCAGCCUGCUGACCAUGCUGGCCGUGGCCGUCACGCAGGUCUACACCGUGCGCAGCCUCUUCAGCGACAAGAGGCGGGUCCCCACGUAGCCCCCCCCCCCCCCUCCCUCGGCGGGACUGAGGGGCGUGGCCCGGGGGCCGGUGAAAGAGACAGGAGCCUGGGCGGCGCUACCUGGGCCAUGAACGGCGAAGGGUGAGAGAUGAAGACGAGUGUGAGGGUAGAGGGAUGAAAGAGCGGGACGAAUGGACUUUGAGCAUCAGUGCAGGGCGAGAGACGGAAAUGAAGGAGUAAUUUGCAGAAGGAAAGAGGGAGAUGUGUUUCUGUCUGAGCAGGAUGGAGCUCUUGCUUUUCUGUCUGUAGCCCCACAUUCACUCUUUCUCUCUCAACUCCUCCCUCCCUUUCUCCCUGUCUCCUUUGGGUAGACUUCACCUUUUCCUUACCUGGAGAUGACCCCCCCCCCCUCCCCCAAACACACACAGUGCCUUAUGUCACACCCAUCAGCGAGUCUCAUCCAGAUACAUUCUCUUUUGUCAGUUGUGAAUCUGCCCCAUGAUGGCAUUGGCUACCCUUCCACACUCCCCUCCUCCGCCAUUAUUCCUUCCCCCCCCCCCCCCCCCCCCCCUUAGGCUGACUCCGGUUUGCCUUUCCUGCUCUUUUGAGGCUCAUUAGCUAGCUCACCAACAACUUCCUGUUCACCAUCAACUUCCUGUUUUAGCUGCACCACCUUAAAGUGACCAUGCUAAUCAUGCUGUCACCGAGACCUUAACAGAGCAGUCAACUUUGUGUCCUUCCAUUUCAGUGUCUGUCAGUCUUUCAGGUCAAAGGGUAUUUUUUUCUUUUCACUUUUUUUAAAAUUAACUAAGCAGUUGUGCUAACCUGGGUACUAAAAGUGUGAUGUGGAGAU